AUAUCUUUCUCUAUAUUCAUUAGUCUGCCCAGUAGUGCCGUGAAUGGCUUCGUGUUCAUCAAUACAUUGAACAGGACUGGAGGAACCGGUUCCACCAAUAGAAGGGUAUCAUCAUAUGUCACACAUCAACAAUAUUUCGUGAACACGACUAAUGUUUUGAACGACAUCGCCUUACUGGUUUUGGAUCAACCAGUACCCGCAACUGCUAAAAUUCCCUUUGUUCAACUUCCAAUUGCUGCCCCCUUGACAACAACUACAACAUUGGAACCCACAACGACAACAACACCAAAAUCCACAACGAGAACCACCACAAAACCCACGACGAAAACCACCACAAAACCCACAACGAAAACUACCACAAAACCCACAACGAAAACUACUACAAAACCCACAACGAGAACCACCACAAAACCCACCACAAAACCCACGACGAAAACCACCACAAAACCCACAACGAAAACUACUACAAAAACAACUACAACAAAAAAACCAUCAACAACAGUCAAAUCUACAACCAAAACUUCUAAACCAUCAACUAAACCUGUUGUCACAUCAACGUUUAAAACAAUCAAGACAACCACCAAAAAACGUGCAGCUCAUCUAAGAGCUUUCAGUACUUAUUCGAACGAGUCGGCCAUCAUUACAGGAUGGGGAGUAACAUCUAGUGGAAGUACCUCUCAGACUUUGCAAAAAGCUAACGUCACCGUCUACGACAACGCCGUUUGCAAUGAACAGUGGGGCACUACAUUCGAUGGUUCUACACAAGUGUGCGCCGCUCAAUUGAACACAGCGAUAUGCUUCGGAGACAGUGGCGGUCCGCUUCUCGUCAACGGCAAUGUUCAAAUCGGUAUUAGUAGCUUCGUUAGUGGCAGAGGCUGUGCCGAUCCUACCCGUGCCCCCGUGUCCACUCGAGUGUCCGCUUACCUCGACUGGAUAGCUGCCACAAUGGCCAGCAAUCCACCUCCAGCAUCAGGCAAGUAAA